AUGGGGUGCAGUGCCAGAUACUGUUUACUGACUUUAUCCUUGUGUCUUGUGACUGAACUAACGUUUGGUGUAAGAGUGAUGCCCAAACGGAAGAAAGAAGCAAUUAGCGCUGCCGACGACCAAUCGACAUCAGCGUCAUGGUGGCAGUCAGGGACAGCCACGCCCUUCCGUGAUAGCAGCAACUCGUUCGCCUCGACUCACGGUCUCGUUCAAACCCAUCCAUCAGGCAGUGACCCUUUCAACUCAUUCGCUGCGAUUGACAGCACAAUAGGUCCAUCCGCAAACCCUUUUGUCCAAACAAGCGGCAGCGGCCCGUUUAGUGGCAAUUUUAGAAACAAUCCUCUACCUCCGCUGGCUAAAACAGCCACUGGAAAACUUUCCUUGAAACAUUUGGACUUCACUAGCAGUGCUACCGCCGAGCUGAGAAGAAACCCUGCUCUAUCAGCUCCUGAUGAAUGUGCAAGAGCUUGCAGAGAAAAUGAACCUCCAAGAAUUUGUUACUACCAUUUCACUUUGGAAUUCUAUACCGUUUUGGGAGCGGCUUGCCAAGUAUGUACACCCAACGCUACAAAUGUUGUUUGGUCCCACUGUCAGUGUGUACUGGCCGAUGGUGUGGAAAGAGGUAUCUUGUCAGCAAACAGAAUGUUACCAGGACCGUCUAUUCAAGUGUGUGAGAACGAUAAAGUAGUUAUCGACGUAGAGAACCACAUGGAAGGUAUGGAAGUGACAAUUCACUGGCACGGAAUAUGGCAGCGUGGCUCUCAAUACUAUGACGGUGUGCCGUUCGUUACACAAUGUCCAAUUCAACAAGGAAAUACGUUCAGGUACCAAUGGCAAGGAAAUGCAGGAACCCACUUCUGGCAUGCUCACACUGGUCUCCAAAAAUUAGACGGUCUUUAUGGAAGCAUUGUAGUCCGUCAACCGCCAUCUAAAGACCCGAAUAGUCACUUGUACGAUUACGACUUGACCACCCACGUAAUGUUAAUCAGUGACUGGCUCCAUGAAGAUGCUGCUGAAAGAUAUCCUGGACGUCUUGCUGUAAACACUGGUCAAGAUCCCGAAAGUGUUCUGGUAAACGGCAAAGGACAGUUCCGCGACCCCAAUACAGGAUUCAUGACAAACACUCCUCUAGAAGUAUUUACCAUCACCCCAGGAAGAAGAUACAGGUUCAGAAUGAUUAACGCUUUCGCAUCCGUUUGUCCAGCUCAAGUUACAUUUGAAGGUCACAACUUGACAGUCAUAGCUACUGAUGGUGAGCCAGUGCAGCCGGUCCAAGUAAACACCAUUAUCUCGUUCUCUGGGGAACGGUACGACUUCGUGAUUGAAGCCAAUAAUAAUCCUGGUGCAUACUGGAUCCAAGUACGAGGUCUUGGUGAAUGUGGUAUUAAGAGAGCCCAGCAGCUCGCCAUUCUGCGUUACGCAAGAGGACCCUACCAACCAUCAUCGGCUGCUCCAACCUACGAUGUCGGAAUCCCACAAGGAGUGGUCAUGAACCCCUUGGAUGCGAGAUGUAAUAUUCCCAGAAAUGACGCAAUUUGCGUCAGCCAACUGAAAAAUGCACGACACAUCGAUCCCGCUAUUCUACAGCCAAGACCUGAUGUGAAAAUAUUCUUGCCUUUCCGUUUCUUCGUUUAUAGACCAGAAAUGUUGUUCCAACCUAAUACCUACAAUAGAUAUUUAGUUGCACCACAAGGGGACCACGUGAUUAGUUUAAUCGAUGAAAUCUCAUACAUGGCCCCGCCAGCACCUCUUAUAAGUCAAUAUGACGACAUUAACCCAGAUCAAUUCUGUAACGGCGAUAACCGACCGGCAGAUUGUGGACAAAACUGCAUGUGCACACACAAAGUCGAUAUUCCUCUUAACGCCAUAGUAGAGAUUGUAUUGGUAGAUGAAGUACAAAUUGCCAACUUAUCUCAUCCGUUCCACUUGCAUGGAUAUGCUUACAACGUUAUCGGUAUCGGCCGAUCACCAGACCAGAACGUUAAAAAGAUUAACUUGAAGCACGCUCUCGAUUUAGAUAGAAGAGGUUUGCUCGAGCGUCACCUAAAACAAGGGGAUCUCCCACCAGCAAAAGAUACCAUCGCUGUACCAAACAAUGGAUACGUUAUUUUGCGAUUCAGAGCUACCAAUCCCGGUUUCUGGCUACUCCAUUGCCACUUUUUAUUCCACAUCGUCAUUGGAAUGAAUGUUGUCCUACAAGUGGGCACACACGCAGACCUUCCUCCAGUACCUCCUAACUUCCCAACUUGCGGAGACCAUCUUCCACCUAUCAACUAA